AUGUUGAGCAAGUCGGCCCAGCUAGCCUUGGGUGCCCAUACGGCGGGGAUCUACGCCGAUAUGUCGAUCGAUGGGCCUCAAAUCGGCACCCUGGUCGCCAUUAUCGACCGUGCAAAGAAUCUACCCAAUAGGAAAACCAUGGGGAAGCAGAACCCUUAUUGUGCCUGCCGUUUAGCAAAGGAAGCAAAGAAAACCGAUACUGACAUGAGAGGAGGCCAGACACCUAAAUGGGAUCAAGAGCUCCGGUUUACUGUUCACGAGUCACCGGACUAUUAUCAGUUAAAAGUCUCUGUCUUCAACGACGAUAAAAAGACAGAUCUAAUUGGAGAAACUUGGGUUGAUUUAAAGAGCGUGAUCAUUCCAGGAGGCGGGCAGAGUGAUUCAUGGCACAGCCUCAGCUGCAAAGGAAAAUAUGCUGGCGAGCUCCGAAUUGAAUUAACAUACUAUGAUACCCGGCCGAAAGACGAAGCUGUUGUGGAACGCCGGAAGGAAGCAAAAAAAACGGAAGCCAGACAUCAGACAAGUUCUUCUGUUUCCGGCCCUCGACAAUCAAAGCCACCGAAGAGGAGACCAUUACCUGCCGACCCUACAGGCGCCAUUCCAGAAAAAUCCUCAUCGGUGGAGACAUCAGCGGCGCCGAAGAGAGAUACCCCGGCUCCUGAGCCUCAUCGGCCCCAACCCCCGGAACAAGUGCGCUCAACCUCGCCAUCGAAGGUCUCACGGGCCCCGGAGACCUCAGAUGAACAAGGGCGGAAACGACGGGCUCAUGAGACUUAUCCCCCGGUCCAAAGUUCAGGCUCGAGUCACCAUCAAUCAUCCUAUCAUCCCGAUCGGCAAAACUACGGGGAUAUUCCCGAUAAUCCUUAUCCAGCAAUGCAUGAUUUUCCAUCUGGCCGGCAGGCACACCACCACGAGGCAGGUUUCUCUGAGCAGCCGGCCAGAGUCCGUCAACCUUAUCAGAAUGACCCACAGAGCUCUCAUCCGCACUCGCAUAUAUCCAAUCCACUGCGCCAGCCUCAAGAUUAUUCCAAUGAGCCCCAGAGCAUUGCUUCGCUUUCCACCAUAGACAACUACCACCAGCACGAAUUAUCCAGCCAUCAAUCUGUGCCGAGUUCAAUGCCGCCAGGGGAUAACCAUUUGGCCCUAACAUCCCACCGACAUGAAUAUCAAGAAUUUCAUGGCGACACCGAUGUAUAUCAGGAGGCGCCCGGUCACUCUCACGCUUCAAAUCAAUAUCAACCAUAUACUCCAGACUCCUACGAGCCGGCAUCCCGUCAUGUUACUCGCCAAAUCGGAGCUCCUGAACGACUGCAAACUUCGUACGCCUCUACCUCAAGAGGUCCCCCACUUGAAAAUUUGGAUCUCCAGCGAUAUAGCACAUUGGACCAUUCAUCACAGCUUGUAGUACGUCCUGGCGGCCACCGCGGCCAUCAACACCGCUACAGUACAUCGACCAAGCCCGACGUCCAUCGUGAAAGUCCACUACGCCAAACCGCAAGUCAAACCAACUAUCAGCACCGCCAGUACAUGCAACCUCACGUCCAGGAUGAUGAUGAUAAUGGGCCGCCUCCCCCGCCUCCGGCACACCGUGACGGCCUUGGUGUCCCUCCCGCAUCGGAGCAGUUCACCAGUCAGCCGCAGCAUGUGCCCAUGCCAGAACCUUUGAGUAUCGCCCCGAGGACGUCCCCCCGGCCUGUUGAGAGGCAGUCUGAGUAUAUCCCGUAUUGUCCACAAUAUGCUGAUUCCAAUUUCACCCCGGACUCAAACCAAGUUUAUUCUACAUCGCCCGCGCCCUCAUAUAGGUCAAUGACUCAGGAACCAAAUUACUUGCAGGAAAGGCCAGCGACCUCAGGAAGCGAUUCUGUUCCUCCUUCGUUGGUUGCGGGUUAUGAUUCCAACUUGGUUAAAGAACCGGACUGGGCGCUCCCAGAUCGCCAUGGAUACCGACAAGGUAAUACUCCGACACAGCCAUCAACGCUAACACAAGUCAUGCGCUCGUUUCCAGCUGGGUUGCCCGAAAGAAAAUCUCCAAAAUCAGUCGAUCCCAGCCAAAUCCCGGCCCGCAAGUCAGUUAGCCCUCACCCGGCCCCUUCGGUUGACCCGGACUCUCUACCGGGGAUCCCGUUCUCUCCUGAAUCGUACGAUGCUAUUAACCCAAACGCGUCCCUUGCCUCCGGUGUGGAACAGCCCGCUCCUCCAUACGAAAGUGUAGAACAGGCGAUGGAAGCGGCUCGACAACACGAAGUUGAGAAAAUACGUACCUUGGGGCCGAUAAUAGGGAAUGACGGCCGCACUAUCGACCCAUCUGAUCAUCUUCCUGCGGAUACCUGGGCCCCAGAACCAGUAAGAAAGUCUAAGAAGCCUGAAGUUGUUGUCAGAUUCAAGCAUACUCCCGGCUCCAGUGCUGCUAGUUCACGAUCCCUAACAACAGAUCGAGAGAGGCAACCCCGCCCCAUGUCUAUGAUAGCACCUAACCACGGAUAUCAAUCGUCAUCGGUCGUUACAGCAGUACAGUCCCAACCCAGUCGCAGUAGGCUUCAGAAGCUUACUUCACGACCACAAUCCUAUAUUCAGCCAAGUCCAAGUGCAAGAGACCCUUCGCCACGACCUAAUAAUACAUUUCCAAAUCGUGAUAGCUUCGUGGCACACAACCUACAUUCUACCAGCCCAACCAAUGUGAAUACGCCGCGCCAUUACAACAGUUCUGCGCCGCCGCCUUACAGUGAUGCGUCGCCAUCUCCAUCACCUCGAUACUCCCCUUCAACCAUCUCGCACCAUUAUCAUGCUUCUGGUCCUCCCAUCCCGGCAAAAGUACCAAUUCAGCCUGGAUCCCGACACUAUCCAGGGAUGCCAUCUGCCGAUGGAGACAUUAAUGCGCUUAGCGAAGAAAUGAAACGGAUUGAUAUUGGCAUUGGUAAGCGUGGCCGUAAAGGCCAUACGUCGUUUAUGGGUGGAUAUGGACAGUGA